AUGAGCGACCAUGAGUGCAAGGACUGCCAUGAAAAGGAACAAGAAAAUGUCGAGGCUAUAUCUUUUGCAAGAGAUGUAGAAAAUGAAGUAAUACAAGGCAUUUACGCCAACAUAAUCAUUUGGCCCAUUGUUGCAUGCAUAUUUUGCUACAUAGCGUACAAGAUCAACACUAGUUUGUUACCAUAUGUUUUCAUCGAUGAGCAAUUUCACGUUGACCAGACUCUUCGCUAUUUGAGAGGGGAAUGGCGUGAAUGGAACGGUAAAAUAACGACACCUCCAGGUCUUUACAUAAUGGGAUGGAUUCAAUACCAUAUCACAAGAUUUAUGACGAACUGGUCCACGUUGACUGUAUUAAGAUUGACAAAUUUCAUUGGAGGCGUAGUAAUAUGGCCCUGGGUUGUAUUGCGUCCGUUAUAUCUAUUCAAUGCACUAGGGUUUUGGCCUGUGACACUAAUGUGCUUUCCUUUGAUGGUUAGUUAUUACUUUUUGUACUAUACUGAUGUAUGGUCUACGAUUUUCAUCAUAGAGUCCUUAACUUUAGCUAUGGUCUUACCAUUUGGGGAGAAGUAUAGUAUAUGGUUGAGUGCUCUUUGCGGGCUAAUCAGUUGUUUCUUUAGACAAACAAAUAUUGUGUGGAACGGUAUGAUCAUGAUCUUAGUGGUAGAACGCCGUGCAAUGAUAGAGAAGAAUUUCAAUACCUUGAGUUUCAAUAACUAUUUGAAAUUGUUGUUACAAGCAUUAGAAAAUUUCAAGACCUUGGUGCUCCCUUAUUUCAUAAAUUUCGUUUUAUUCGCGAUGUUUUUAAUCUACAACAGAUCCAUAACUCUAGGAGAUAAAGAGAACCAUGUUGCUGGAUUACAUGUGGUGCAAUUCUUCUAUUGUCUAAUGUUCAUCGCAUUCUUCAGUGUACCUGUCUGGUUUUCAAAGCAGUUGACUAUUUCCUAUCUUCUUAGAUUUAUCAUGAACCCAGUUCAAUAUCUUCUCGAGCUAUUAGGCAUCAUGAUAAUCAUAAGAUUCUUCACAAUUGUACAUCCAUUUUUGUUGGCUGAUAAUCGCCAUAUCCCCUUCUAUCUAUUCAGAAAGUUAAUUGGAAGAAGCAGAAUAUUUAAGUAUUUUGGUAUGGCUCCAAUAUACCAUUUCUGCACUUACAUAUACUUUGAAAUCAUGAGGCCAAGCGUGAUGGUAUUCCACCCAAUUUUACCUAUUGAAAUUAAAAACCCAAUAGAUUUACCUAUUCAGUUAUCACAUAUCUCCUGGACUGUUUUGAUGAUGUGCACAUUCAUGACUGUUGUACCAUCACCAUUAUUUGAACCAAGAUACUACAUUUUACCAUUCAUAUUCUGGAGACUCUUCAUCACCAUGCCGCCAGAACCAUUUUGGGGAAAUCCAAAGGGAAAACUAACAGGGACAAAAAGACACUUCGCCGAAUGUGCAUGGUUCUUGUUCAUCAAUUUGAUAAUGUACAUUAUUUUCAAGAAGGUUGAAAUAAAAUGGCCAUCAGAGAAUACCCUUCAACAUAUCAUUUGGUAA